AUGGAGAACGAUAAUAAGACCCAUUUAGUACAAGUUAAUUUGCCAAAAAAACAAGUUAAAGUUACUCCAGGUUCUUCUGGUGAUGUUGCAACAGGGGCUACUGUUGGAGCUAUGGUUGGUGUUGCAGUAGCUGGUCCACCGGGCGCAGCUGCAGGUGCUGCUGUAGGUGCCGUAACAGGAUAUAUAUUUGGUACUGGUAAUGGAGUUAAACGUGAUCUUAUUGGUAUUGUCGAACAAGCAACAGAAACUGCCAUUGGCAUAAAAAAUACGUUAAAAGAUGUAUUAACUAAAAAUGACGUUGAUUUAAAAAAAAUAGUUAGUCUUGGAGCUGAUAAUAUCAGUGUAAACUAUGGCUGUAAUCAUUCUGUAUAUGUAUUAUUAAAAGAAGAGAUACCGAAUUUGAGAAAAGCUAAACGUGUUCAAGCGAUAGAUGAUUAUUUCAAUUUUGCGCAGCAGGAAAAGAAGGUUGAUGGAGUUGACCUUGAUCUAUUAUUUACUGAUUAUAAUGAAAUAUUAAGCCCAUUCAAGAUUAUUAAACGCAGUGAUCGAUCAUUAAGUGAUUUAAUUAAACACUUUAUAAACCGCUCAAUUAAAACAAGAGAAACUGAUGAUUUACUUGUUAUUCACAAAGGAGAAGACAAAGAAGAGGAGAAUACAAAUAAUGAAAAACAUGAAAAAAAUGCUGCAUCAGAAGAAUUAGAAAGAAAAGAAAUAGAGAACGAACAUAUUCGUCCAGAUCUUCUAUGGGCUUAUUUGUUUUCACAAACAAGCUCACCAAGACCUCAAAUGAAAAAAUUAAUUUCUUUAAUUUUUUCAAUUCCAGCAUCGAAUGCAUUUGCAGAAACCAUUUUUUCACAUAUGAAUUAUUGCUGA